AUGGCAGACCUAGAGGCUGUACUGGCCGAUGUGUCGUACUUAAUGGCCAUGGAAAAAAGUAAAUCGACGCCUUCAGCAAGAGUGAGCAAGAAGAUCCUUCUUCCUCAUCCAAGUGUCCACAAUCUGAUGCAUAAACAUUUAACAGGAAAUGGUGAAAAUACCUUUGAUAAGAUAUUCGAUCAGAAACUCGGCUACUUGCUAUUUAAAGAUUUCUGUGAAAAUCACAUCAAUGAACCCGUGCCACAAUUGCACUUCUAUGAGGAGAUUUUAGAGUAUCAAAAAUUAGAUGAUAAAGUGGACCGAAUAAAGAAAGGACGUGAAAUUUUCGAUAAUCAUAUCAUGAAAGAAUUACUGACUUGCUCUCAUACCUUCAGUAAAGCAGCAACAGAACAUGUGAGAAGCAAUUUGUCAACUAAUAACGUUCCGGUCAAUUUAUUUGAGCCGUAUAUAGAGGAAAUACGAGACAGCUUACGUGGUCACGUGUUUAAUCAGUUUGUAAAAUGUGACAGAUAUGUUAGAUUUUGUCAAUGGAAAAAUCUUGAAUUAAACAUUCAGUUGACAAUGAACGAUUUUAGCGUUCAUCGAAUUAUUGGUCGUGGUGGAUUUGGCGAAGUAUAUGGUUGUCGUAAAGCUGACACAGGCAAAAUGUAUGCAAUGAAAUGUUUGGAUAAGAAACGAAUCAAAUUGAAGCAAGGCGAAGCUUUAGCCUUAAAUGAACGUGUUAUGCUCUCUAUGGUAAAUUGUCCAUUUAUUGUCUGUAUGAGCUAUGCUUUUCAAACACCGGACAAGUUAUGUUUUAUCCUCGAUCUGAUGAACGGUGGAGAUUUGCACUAUCAUCUGACUCAGCAUGGUGUCUUUUCAGAGGCGGAUAUGAAGUUCUUUGCUAGUGAAAUUAUACUUGGCUUAGAGCAUUUGCACAACAAAUUUAUUGUUUACAGAGAUUUGAAGCCAGCUAACAUACUCCUUGAUGAAGCUGGUCACGUUAGGAUAUCUGAUCUUGGUCUAGCAUGUGAUUUCAGUAAGAAAAAGCCCCAUGCUAGCGUAGGUACGCAUGGUUAUAUGGCUCCGGAGGUAUUACAGAAAGGAGUUGCAUAUGAUUCAAGUGCUGACUGGUUUUCACUUGGUUGUAUGUUGUAUAAAUUACUUAGAGGACAUAGUCCCUUUAGACAAAAUAAGACUAAAGAUAAGCAUGCUAUUGAUCAGAUGACGUUGACUGGGGAUGUAGAUUUUCCUGAUACCUGGACACCAGAGUGCAAAGAUAUUCUCCGCCGGUUACUUCUAAAAGACGUCGGCGAACGUGUUGGUUGUUGCGGAGGGUCUGCUACUGAGGUGAAAAACCAUCCUUUCUUUCGUGAAACCGAUUGGGAUUUGGUAGGAUUGCAGAAGUAUCCACCGCCUUUAAUACCUCCGAAGGGAGAAGUUAAUGCCGCUGAUGCUUUCGAUAUUGGAUCUUUUGAUGAUGAAGAUACCAAAGGCAUUAAGCUAACUGAAGCCGACCAAGAACUUUAUAAGAACUUUCCUCUGGUCGUGUCUGAUCGAUGGCAGGCUGAAAUAGCUGAAACUGUCUUUAACAUAGUGAAUUCAGACGCCGAUAAAAUGGAAUCAAAGAGAACAAAUAAACAAUGGGAGCAAGAAAUUAUGACAUUAGAAGAAAACAGUGAUGUAGUUGUUCAUGGGUUUUUAUACAAACUUGGUGGUCCUUUUCUGUCGCAAUGGCAAAAACGCUAUUUCCAUUUAUUUCCGAAUCGUUUAGAAUGGAAACAAGAUCAACAAAUAUCAUCAAAAACACUUUUAGUUUUUGAACGAGUAACUGAUAUUGAAGAGACUCUAAUUAAAGGGUAUAAAUGUAUCAAGAUAAAUGUAAAAAAUGGACGGGAUUACAUUUUAAGGGCCGAAGUAAGCGCAUUCGAUAUUAUUGCCGUAUUAGUUUACGAUUAUAGAAAUUUGUACAGAACUUCAUAA